AUGCCAGCACGUCCAUCCAUCGCGGAAGCUACGCAACCAGUCGCACCAAGCCCGAUGGACUCGGUUAUGGAGCGGAUGAUGAACAUGCUCAUCACCAUGCAGGAGCAGACAGAGCUGAUGAGGGACCAGAAUCAUGUUGGAACCGAUCCCGUAAUGCCAGCGGAGUGUGCUGGUAUCACGAGCGACACGGCCGCAAUGCUCGCCGAUGUACACAGCCGUUUCCUGGUCGAUAUCGGGGCCGACCUGUGUGUUUUCCCCAGGAGCCUGACCCGCGACCCGGUCGCGAAAACCGGGUACACACUGACCGCGGCAAACGGCACGUCGAUCGCGACUUACGGGACGAAGACCCUGACACUCAACUUGGGUCUCCGCCGCGACUUCGCUUGGAGGUUCGUGGUGGUCGACGUGUCCAAGCCGAUUAUCGGGGCGGACUUUCUUGCACACUUCGGCCUCCUCGUGGACAUCCGGAACCAGCAACUCCUCGACUGGACAACGACCCUCACGACCAAGGGCGCGCCGGUUCAGCAGUCCUCCCCGUCCAUCAAAACGAUCCACGGAGGCUCGGUGUACCAUGGAUUGCUGCAACGGUACGCGGACAUCACAAGGCCAAGCGGAACGCCCAUCACCAUCGUGCACGACAUCCGCCACUUCAUACGAACUGCACCGGGGCCAUCCAUCGCUUGCAGGCUACGGCGGCUUGCACCGUACCGGCUCCAGAUCGCCAAAAAGGAAUUUGACGUAAUGGUUCAACUCG